AUGGAUAAGGAAGGAACAUCAUCAAUUGGUGCUGGUGUUAGUAGUGGUGAAAGAACAUCGGGUAUUCGAGAAAAUACAUUAGAUGCUCGUACGCGUGAAAUUAAUAUGGAAACUGAACGACUUCAUGCACGUUUACGAGAUAUAGCUCAAGCUGUUAUUAAUGAUGAAGAAAGUCCAUUUGAUUUUGAUAUUGAUGGUGGUGGUGGUGGUGGUGGUGGUGGUGGUACUGGUUCACCACGACGUCUUUCACCAUUGAGAUCAGCUGGUGGUGAGAGAUUUGAUUCACCUGAUCGUACAUUAACUCGAAUUCGUUCACCUCGAUCACAUUCGCCACAACGAAUAUUAACAUCUCGUCCACAUUCUCGUAACGUUUCACCAUCAUUUGCUGAUUCAACAUUUAGCGCUGUUCAUGCAGCAUUAAAUAAACGACAAGUUCAGGUCCAUGAUCUUCAAACAAAAUUGACAAAUUCUCGUGAUUUAAUUCAACAACUUAAACGUCAAUUAGAUGAAUCUGAUUCUGAACGACGUCAUUUAGAACAACAAUCAACCGGUUAUAAAUUACAAAUUGAUGAAUUACGUCGACAAUUUGAUGAUACGGCUACGGAACGAGAUCGAUCAAAAACAGCACUUGAAUCAUCAAAUUAUGAAAAAAUUAAUUUAGAAAAAGUUCGAUUAUCAUUGAAUAAUCAAAUUGAUUCUUUACGAGCUGAAUGUGAACGAUUACAACAAUCAAAUACAGAAUUACAACGACAACGUGAUAUAUUAGAAGAAGAAAAAGAAGAUACAAUUAAAGACAAAAUUCGUCAAGUAAAAGAAAAUGAACGAUGCAUAAAAGUAAUUGAAAAUCUUGAAAAUAAAAUAUCUCAUUUGAAAAAAGAUGUUACAGAAUUACGUGAACAAUAUCAUAAAGAAAAAUUGGGAAAAGAUGUAUUUGGCCAAGAAAAACAUGUUCUUUCGGAUGCUUUGUCAAGAUCGGAGGUUUAUCGUGCCGAAAUUGAACUUGAUUUAAACAAAGAACGAAGUGAAGGCGCAACAUUACGAGAUUUAUUAUGUAAAGUACAAUCGUUAAAUGAAGGUCUAGCACAGGAUAAAGUGGAAUUAAAUAGAAUUAUAUUAAUGCUUGAACAAGAAAAGAAUUCUAUACAUAAUGAAAAAUCGGAUGCUGAACAAGAUAAAUCAACGUUACGUCAAGAACUAGUAAAAGUUGAACAAGAAAAGAUUGAUGUUGAAAAUGAACGUGAUACUAUUCAUCAUCGUUUACAAUUAUGCGAUGUUAGUCGUCAACAACUAGAACAAGAAAUUAUAUUAUUAAAUAAAGACAAGGCGGAAAUUAUUGAACAAUUUCAACAUAUGUCACGUUUGAAAAAUACACUUGCCGAAGAUUUAAUAGCAGCUAAAAAAGAUAUUGAACGUUUGAGUGAUCAUAAUUUACGUUUAAAUAAAGAAAAAGAAGAUCUAACAAAAGAACGUGGCAAUCUUGUUGUCGAUUUAACCGGAACGGAGCGAGACAAUCAAACCCUAAGCUCGACACUUAGUGCAUUACGUGCCGAAAAGGAAAGUCUUGAAUCGAAUUUGUAUGAAGCACAAAAUAUCAUCAGUCAAUUGGAAGUAAAAAAGGAUCAAUUAGAAGGUGAAAAUCAAGAAUUAUUAUUGAAAAAAGAACAAUUAACAAAUGAAGUACAACGUUUACACGAUGAAUUAAAUAAUGAAAUCGAAAAAUCUGCUCGUACGCGUGAUCAAUUAAAUCAACGUUUGAGCUUUUUGGAACAAGACAAAGAAACAUCAAUACGUGCACAUCAUCAAGCACAUGAAGAUGAUGUUGAACGAAUGAUGCGUGAACGAGAUAAAUUACGUCAUGAAAUGGAAACAGCUCGAGAAGAAACAAUUCGACAAUUUACUCGUGAAAGAGAAGAGAUUUCACAGCGUUAUGAUAAAGAAAAAGAAGAUUUACAUUAUGAAUUGGCCAAUGCCAUUACGGAACGUGAUCAAGCACUAAUCGAAUCUGAAAAUGAAAAACAAAAACUUUUAUCUAUUGCUCAAUCUGAACGUAAUUCCUUAAGCGAAAAAUUAAAUCAAUCACGCGAUGAGUUGACUCGUCUACAAGUAGAUUUUGAUAAAAUUCGACGUGAUGCUUCUUUGCAUCAUGAACAAGAUCGUCAAUUAAUAUUAUCAUUACAAGAUGAAUUAAAAAAAUUUCAUAUAAAAUUUGAAGAUUCAACAAUUGCCAAUGAACGAGAAAUAAAAGCAUUACAUGAUGAAAUUGAACAACUAAAACAGCAAAAACAAUUACUAACACACGAUAAUUUUGAAAUAAAAACACAACUGAAAUUAACGGAAGAUAAUCGCGAUCAAUUGAAACGAGAUUUAAUUGAAUCAAAUCGACGUAUUCGUGAAUAUGAUGAAAAUUUAACAUUACAACGAAAAGAAAUACAAGAUCUCAAACGUUAUUUACAAGAUGAACAACGCGAUAAAGAAUUAACAAUACGUUCGGCUGAAGAUUUAAGAGCAAAACUGAAAAGUGUCGAAAAUGAAAAAAUUGAUUUAAGACAGUUAUUAGAUGAAGCAAAACAACGAAUUAUAGUACUCGAAGAACAAAAAUCGUUGUUUCAAAAAGAUGCUAACGAAUUACGUCAAAAUUUACGAGAUGUUGAACGUUCAAGAUUAGAAGCACGUCGGGAAUUACAAGAAUUAAGACGUCAUGUUAAAAUGUUAGAUAGUGAAACAAAGAAAAAAUCAAAAGAAUUAGAAGAAUUGGCUGAUCGUGUUCGACAUGAUGAACAACGUGAAGAAGAAAUGAGACGAGAAGUAUUUGGACAAAAACAACGUUUCGUCGAAGCUGAAGCAAGUCGAGAAGUAUUGAGAAAAGAAUUGGCUAAUAUUCAACGAUAUUAUGUUGAAUUAGAAGAUGAACAACGUUUGAAAGAGAGAGAUUUUAAAUUGGCUGUCGAUGAUGCAAGACGUUUAGAACGAAAAGCCGUUGAUGAAAGACGAAAUGUUGAAUUAGCAUUGGAAGGUGCAAAUCAGAUGAUAUCAGAAUUACGAAUUGCAUUGUCGGGCGCUGAAGGACGUGCGAGUGCAUUAGAAACACAACUGGCUAGAGUUGAAGGAGGAAAACGAGAUGCCGAAUAUAAACUUGGCAGCAUUGUAUCCAGUUUAAGACGAACUGUGGGCUAUGGGCCACAUGGCGGUUUAAGAAGUCGUUCACCAAGUCCAAAUGUUCGUCGUCGACCAAUAUCGCCAACAAAAGGCUUUGAUACAACCGAAAAUCGUUCAAGUCCAAUACUACGUCGUACAUCGCGUAGUCCACAUCGAAGUGUAUCUGGUGAACGUGGUCGAUCACCCGGUUCAGCUUAUAUUGAUGUUGCUGAUGUUGAUCCAGAGGCUAUUCGUACAGUUUUAAGAGAAUUUGUACAAAAUUUUAUAACAACCGAACGAGAUCGGGAUGAUGCCAUUGCUGAAGCAACACAAUUACGUCGAACAACAAAAGAACUCGAGGAUAAUCUUCAACGAACGGAUCAACGUUUUAACCAAUUACAAAAAACAUUAAUGUCAUUCGAAGAAGAUAAAAAAGGUACAGACACUCGGCUUCAAAGUACACAAAAUGCCUUAUUACUACAAGAAGACACCAUUCGACGAAGUGAACGUGAACGAAAAACAUUACUUGAUCGUAUAACAAAUAUGGAACGACAACUUAUAGCAACUGAUAAUGAGAAAAAACAAAUAAUAGAAAAAAUUGGUCUUUCAAAAUCCAGUGAAAUAAGGGUGAAUGAUGAAAAGAAACAGAUAAAACGAGCGUUGGAUGAGUGCGAAGCGAGAGCAACCGAGUUAGAAAUGCAUAAACGUGCAUUAGAAGGAGAAAUACAACGUUUAACAAUGAUAUUAAAUGACAAAGAAACCGAAGUUCAAGUACAUCAGGAACGAUGUGAAACAUUAAUUAAACAAAUACAAGAUCGAGAAGAAAAAUGCCAAUCGUUACAAUUAAGUGUUGAUCGUUUAUCAUUAGCAUUAGCAAAAGCAGAGGAAGGCGAGUCGAGUUUGAAAACACGUGUACAAUCGUUAAAUCAAACAUUAUCACAAACAAAUUUUCAAGCAGCAGAUUUACAACAAAAAUUAGGAGGUGUUCAAGGAGCUGUUCAAAGUACGGAAGCAGAAAGACGAGUACUUCAAGACAAAUUGGAACAAGCAAGAACUAGUCUGUCAGAAAUGAAAAAACAAAAUCAUGAAUUAUUGGAACGUGUACAUCAUUUACAAAAUGAACUAACAGAUUCAGAAAUGAGACGACAUGAACUAGAAAAUCAAUUGAGAAAUGCUAAUACGUUCCUUGUACAACGACAAGAAUCAGAACAAGAAGGAAAUCAAAAAAUAAGCAUGUUAACAGCUGAUAAACAAGCAUUACAAGAAAAAAAUGCGUUACUUCAACGACAACUUGGUAAUUUGGAUUUGGAAAAACGUGAAGCAGAACGAUCAAAGUUACGGUUGGAAAAAGAUAAAAAUGUUCUUAAAAAAACACUCGAUAAGGUUGAACGUGAACGAGUUGUAACAGAAGAAAUUGUACGUUCAACUGAUCGUUCACAAUUUGAUCGACAAUUUCAACGUUUGGAAGAAGACAAUCAGACGUUACAGCGUCAAGUUCAAGAAUUACAGGCACAAUUAAAUGAGUCUGAACAACAUCAUGCACAACGAUUAAUUGAUUUCACUACACGUAAUAGACGUGAAACAGAAGCGGAAACUGAACGAAUUCGAACAUCGCAAACAGCAGCAGAAAGAGCACUUGAAGCAAGAGAAAAAGCACAUCGUGCUCGUGUUAAAGGCUUAGAAGAACAGAUAACAACAUUAAAAGAACAACUUAGCCAAGAAAUACGUAAAAGACAAACAUUUUUAAAUCGUUCGAUUACAUCUGGUGAGGAAAUAACAGCAUUAAGAAGUAUGGUAAAUGAUUCACUAUCAUUUGUUUCUCGCGAUCCAAAAGGAUUAGAUCCAGUAUUAUUAGAUUAUGAAACAAAAAGACUUGCUGAUUCAUCUGGUUAUUUGAAUGAACCACCGCAACGACAUCGGUCACCAACACGUAGAACAUUAUCACCAUCAAUUAGUGUACGAGCGAUGCGUUCAGGCGCAACAUCGGCCGGCGGUCUUUCUAUAUCAUCGCCAAGUGGUUCAAAACAGACAAGAUCGUCACGGACUAGAUUAACAUAA